UUCAGACUCGGACCAUGGCCUCGUGCUGGUGGCGGUGGCGGUGGCGGCGCGGCUGCUCUUGGAGGCCGGCGGCGCGGAGCCCCGGGCCCAACUCUGCAGGCCGCGCCGCACUCUCUGCGCCGCGGGCUGCCGCCGCCGCUGCCACUGUCGCCGUCGCCCGCGCGCAGAUAUCCUGUUGUAAUCUUAUGAAGAGUUUAACAUCUGCCUUUCCAAAUAUGUAUCGUGUAUCACGGUUCCAUCACGUGACGCCGGUAGCUUGCUGCUGCAGUAAGACACAGAGCGGUGAGAAAUACGCCGACCCUUUUAAGCUUGGCUGGAGAGACUUGAAAGGUCUCUAUGAGGACAUCAGGAAGGAACUCUUCAUCUCUACAGCAGAACUCAAGGAAAUGUCUGAAUACUACUUUGAUGGAAAAGGAAAAGCCUUUCGACCAAUUAUCGUGGUGCUAAUGGCCCGAGCCUGUAACAUUCAUCAUAAUAACUCCCGAAAUGUGCAAGCAAGCCAGCGUGCCAUUGCCUUAAUUGCAGAAAUGAUCCAUACUGCCAGUCUGGUCCAUGACGAUGUCAUUGAUGAUGCAAGUUCCCGGAGAGGAAAACACACCGUUAACAAGAUCUGGGGUGAAAAGAAGGCUGUCCUUGCUGGUGACUUAAUUCUUUCUGCAGCAUCAAUAGCUCUGGCACGAAUUGGAAAUACAACUGUUAUAUCUAUUUUAACCCAAGUGAUUGAAGAUUUGGUGCGUGGUGAAUUUCUUCAGCUCGGGUCAAAAGAAAAUGAAAAUGAAAGAUUUGCACACUACCUUGAAAAGACUUUCAAGAAGACUGCAAGUCUGAUCGCCAACAGUUGUAAAGCAGUCUCUGUCCUGGGAUGCCCUGACCCAGCAGUGCAUGAGAUUGCCUAUCAGUACGGGAAGAACGUGGGCAUCGCUUUUCAGCUGAUAGACGACGUCCUGGACUUCACCUCGUGUUCUGACCAGAUGGGCAAACCGACCUCGGCCGACCUGAAGCUCGGGUUAGCCACUGGCCCCGUCUUAUUUGCUUGUCAGCAGUUCCCAGAAAUGAAUGCUAUGAUAAUGAGACGGUUCAGUUCACCAGGCGACGUGGACAGAGCGCGACAGUACGUAUUACAGAGUGACGGUGUGCAGCAGACAACCUACCUCGCCCAGCAGUACUGCCACGAAGCGGUGAGAGAGAUCAGUAAACUGCGACCAUCCCCAGAAAGAGAGGCCCUCAUACAGCUUUCAGAGAUUGUGCUCACAAGAGACAAAUGACACCUCUUCCUGGUAUUUCUGGCAGCUAUUUUACCAGAUUGUGCCUCAAGAAUUCUGUGGAAUAUACUUUGCUUCAUGUGCAGAUAACCAAACAAAUCAUUUAAAAAGAUCAUUUCCUUAUUAAUGGGACUUUUUUUUAUUGGCGAAGUUUUUCAGAAAACUUUUUAAAUGUAUUUAAAUCAUCUGAAUCUGUCAUUCUUCCUGCAAACGCUAACCGAGGUAUCUUGAUGGUUAUAUGUGGUAUUGUUUACAGUUAUAGUAGCCACAUGUAAAGCCAUUUCACAAAUAAAUAAUCAAUGUUAAAAUUCA